CUGCUACAGAAUAUCCUUAAAUCUUGAAAUAUUAAAUUAAAAUUGUUGUGCUUGUAUCAGUAUUUGGUUUACAUGUGAGAAUGCCCAAAACAAGAACUGGAACUUUAAAAAGGAAACAAAAUGUAGAUCAAUUUGAGGAAGAAUCAUCUAAAAUCGAGCAAAAGUUAAAUAAUGACAGAUUUAUUGCAAAGAUUGAGAGUGAUAAAAGCAAAAGAUUGGAGUAUUUGCUGGAAAAGACAAGUUUAUAUGGACAUUUUGUGUCCAAAAAUGAUAUAAAUGAAGAAAAUCAUUUAUUAACUAAAAGGUCAAAGAAGAAUGUUCGACCAAGUAGCUCUAAUGACAUGAAUUUUGAGGAAACACCAUACUUUAUUAAAAAUGGUGUAAUGAAAGAAUAUCAAAUUGAAGGUCUCAAUUGGUUAAUAUCGUUGUAUAAUAAUGGAUUAAAUGGAAUUUUAGCAGAUGAAAUGGGACUAGGAAAGACGUUGCAAUCUAUAUCAAUACUUGGUUAUUUAAAAAACGUUAAAAAAUUAAACGGACCUUUUCUAGUACUGGCUCCAAAAUCAACGAUAUCCAGUUGGGUUAAUGAGAUAAGUAAAUGGUGUCCCUCUUUGAGAACCUUAGUACUCAUUGGACACAAAUCUGAACGAGAAAAUAUUAUUAAAAAUGAGCUAUUAUAUCCAAAAAAGUGGGAUGUCUGUUUAACAACGUAUGAAAUAUGCAUGGUUACAAAAUCAAAUUUGAAACAAAUAAAAUGGUGUUACUUUAUUGUGGAUGAGGCACAUCGUAUAAAAAAUGAGAAUAGUAACAUAUUUAAAACAUGUCGUUCAUUUAACAGUAUCAAUCGUUUGUUAUUAACUGGUACUCCACUUCAAAAUAAUUUACAUGAGUUAUGGGCUUUAUUAAAUUUUUUAUUACCUGAUAUUUUCGAUAGUUCUAACGAUUUUGAUACAUGGUUUGAUACUUUUGACUGUUUAGAAAGUAAAGAUAAAACAAAGAAAUUGCAUUCUAUCUUAAUGCCAUUUAUGUUGCAGAGAUUUAAGCAAGACGUUGAAAAUUCUCUUCUGCCAAAGAAAGAAAUUACUAUUUAUGUGGGCUUAAGUGAAAUGCAACGUGAAUGUUAUAAGAAGAUACUGAAAGAUGAUAUGAAAACUGUAAACGGAAAUGGAUCUGUCUCUAAAGUAAGGCUAGCCAAUAUUUUAAUGCACUUGUUUAAAGCUGCUAACCACCCCUAUAUAUUUCCUGAUUAUGAACCUAGCCAUUUAGAGCCCUUUGGAGAACAUUUAGUAUUUAAUUCAGGCAAAAUGAUGAUUUUAGAUAAAUUGUUGAGAAGACUUAAGGAGCAAGGUUCUAGAGUUGUAAUAUUUGGUCAUUUUGCAAGAUUGUUAGAUAUAUUAGAAGAUUUUUGUCACAUGCGUGACUAUAAAUAUUUACGUUUGGGGGGAUCAACCUCUUAUGAACAACGUGAAAAUGACAUAAAAAAAUUUAAUUCACAGGGAAGUGAUAUUUUUCUAUACUUAAUUUCAACUACGGCUGGUGGUUUAGGAAUUAACUUACAAUCUGCUGAUGUUGCAAUUUUAUUGGAAUCACAUUUUAAUCCACAAGUUGAUUUGCAAGCUAUAGACAGAGUACACAGAAUAGGACAAAAGAAACAAGUUCGAGUAUUUCGUAUUAUUAGUGAAAAUACAGUAGAAGAAAAGUUAAUUGAACGAGCUAAAGUAAAAUUAAAGUUAAAUGAAGUUGUUAUACUCAAUCAAAAAGGGCGAACGGCACUUGAAAAAAGCGAGUUAAUUGAAAUUAUUCGUUUUGGCACAGAUAAAAUUUUUUCCAAAAACACUGAAACAAAUAAUUUGACUAUAACUGAUGCUGAUAUUGAUGCAAUAAUGCAGCGCUGCGAGAAUAAUACAACAGAUUUUUAUAGAUUAGAAGAUAAUAAUGGUAAUAAAGAUAACAAUAACAAUAUGGAAAAUAAAUCAAAUGAUGUGAAUUUGGAAGGAUAUUUUGGAACGGACUAUAUAUAUAACUUUGAGGGUGAAAAUUAUCGAAAAAAAUAUGAUUUAGAUACCGUAUUUGAGAUGCCGCAACGUCGAUGUCGAUCAAAAAAAUUUGUAUGAAGGGAAAUUCUAUGAUUUCUAAUUUUUACCAUCAGUAUUAUAUGAAAAUCGUAAAAAUAUCGAAAUAUUAGUACAAACAGUUAUUAAAUUUCAAAACAUACAUACUCGUAGUUAAUAAGUCGAAGCCAAAGUAUCUUACGAGAUUACUAAAAAAAAUUUCUUGAUAAACAGGCUAUGUUCCAUUAUAUUUUAAUUUAUUUUUAUGCAUUAUAUUUAUUUUUCUAUUUAAAUUUUUAUCUUUCAGUAAAAAAUUUUGAUAAGUUUUGAUAAAAAUGAAAAA